UCUGCCUCCUCAACCUGCGCAAGAAGGUGGACGUCGACUGAAACGGAUUCAGGGAGGGAGGGAGGGAAAGAGGGAGGGAGCGCACGGCACCCUCUUCCCCCCAAUUUUCGGGGCUCGGAAGUGGUAAUUCCGGCACCCACCUGUCAGAGCCCCGGAGCGGAGGGAGGCGAGUCGUAUCCUCCCAGCACCCGUUUUCCCCAUCAGAAGCGACGUUUGGCUUCUCAUGGGAAAGCGGGCGCUCUUCCAGCCAAGAGAGAAGGCGAGCUCAAGAAGUAUUUACCAAUUGCACUCCUCUCAAGGGGAAGGUUUCAUUUUUUUUUUAUCUCAUUUCUUAAGAUCCUCCCCCCCCCACCCCAAACCAUUCCUCCCAACUUCCAGGCGCUCUGAAUAAUUUUUCUCCUCUUUGCUCAGUAAGCCAAGACCAAGUUCCCUCCCUCGAUUCGGCUCUCUCUCCGCCUUUGUUUUCCGGCAAAACUGAUCGAAGACUGAGUGACUUCCUCACACAGAGUUAAACUACCACUGCCCAGAGACCUUGGCUUGGUGGCAGCUGGGUAGCUGCUAGAAAACCAAAGGAGGUUUGGAAAUCCUGCUGGAACGUUUUAAGGAGAAGCUUCACUUGUGAGGGAGCUCACAAACGUGGACGCCUGAGGGAAAGAAGAGCAGGACGGAUCCGAUGGGACACAGUCUACACCUCUGAGUUUUCUUGCAUGGGAUGGAAGAAGCCAAGGCAAAUCUUGUCACUUCUGAUUUUGCCUUUCUUUCUAUGUCCUCCAACAAGCGGUCCUUUUCUUUCCUACCAAAAGCAGAGGGAGUUUAUCAAGACUUGUGCCCUAGCAUUUUUCUAGGGCCCCUGUAAGGCUUGUGCUAGGGGAGACAAUGUCCGGUAGCACAGCAAGGAAAGUCCAACCGUUCACCAUUAGCACCAAAUUAUCUCUACCCAAGUGUUCCCUGGAAUUUCCAAGAGACAGCUGUACUGACAUUCCUCUCCAUGCUCUGAAUAACCAUGACUUGCACCAAAACCUCAAUGAGUGUGUUUCUUUGUAUCUGGCUCAGACGUCUCUAGAGCCUGCUGGAGAAAGAUUUAAAAGGGCUAGCCCUAUUGAAGAAGUGGUCACCAAUGAUGAUUGCAUCAAUAGCAAUUCACUGUCCCGUUCCAUUAAGAAGAUUACUUUGUCCAACUGGCAUGGAAAAGGUGGUUUAGGGGAAGAAGGGCUGUUCAGAGGCCCUUCCCACACCAGUGCGGAGAAAAAUUACAACAACAACAACUGCAAAGCAGGAAAAGCACAAUUCAAGGUAUUUCUCAGAAAAGAAGUGGAUCCCAAGGAAGAAAAACAGAAUGUGAGAAGCCCCCAGGCUAGUGACAAUUCUCUAGUUGGCAGAGUUGCGCCUUUUGUGACUGCAAGCUCUGCACCAGCAUCUCCUUGGAAAGAGAGUACCAAAAAUACCAAACCAAGCACAGUAGUGGAGCUGAAGCCCUGCGUAGAAAGCAGCACAGGAGUGGCAGACCUAUCCAAGUGGAGCCUUCUCCUAGCCCAGUUCAACUGUGACAUGGUGCAGGCUGAAAAAUGGAUGCGAGGAAAACUCCAUGAUCUGAAGGAUGGUUGCAGAUUUCAGGAAUGGGAACGGAUAGCUCAAAUAUUACAGAGAGAGAUGAAGGAUUUUGAGAAUACCAUCAUCAAACUGAACCAGAUGGGUGAACAGCUGAUGAUCCAACCAAAAUCCAGCUCAGAGAUAGAGAGACGACUUCAGACCUUGCAAGAACAAUGGCAAUUGCUGAAACACAUGGCCACAAAUCAGACUAAAACAGUAGUUGGGUUCAAGAGCCUACAAGAGUUCAACCAGAAAGCUGAACAACUAGAAGCCUGGAUCAGGCAGAAGGAAGAGAAGCCUUUGCUAGCUAUUUUACUGCAAGAGAAAGCAGAUAAGGUACAAAUUACCCGGCAGAUCCUUGACUUAAAGCAGGAGGAGCUGCAAUUCCAAGCUGUGCAUGAGGAAUUGAAUAGCCUGGCUCAGAAGCUUGAGAAACAAGGGAAGAGUGAAAGCAGAAGUAUCAUGACGCGUCGCAAGUACCUGAAUAAAAUGUGGCUUCAGCUCCAGAGGACAUUAAAGGAACAUCAUGAAACCCUGCAGCAGGCACUAGAAGCAGCUUCUUUCCUCCAGCAAGCAGAUGUGCUCCUUUCAGUCAUCCAUGCAAAGUUGAGGCAUCUUUAUGGAGAAAGAAAACAGAAUGAAUCUGAGUCAAGUCCAGACAUGGAUAUCAGAGAUAUUGCCAGCCAGGUCAUGAUGCUAGAUGUGACCAUGUCACAGCUUAUAAGCCUUCACCCCAGUCUGGCAGCACAAGUGUCCCUCAAACACCACGAUAUCAAGGAGAGCUGGGCCCGGUUACAGCAACUGUUGAGGAGUGACAAUCCCCCACAAUUGCCUUUAACAAAGGAAUUUAUAGAUUCAAGUCCUAAUCAGGUACUGACUACAACUACAAAGAGUUCAAAAGAUGAUCCAGAAGAAAAGCUAGUAUGGGAGGUGCAAAAGAACACUCCAGAAAUCCCAGUACAAGGUGUAAGAAGUCAAGAGAACAACUCGGAUUUCUUAGGAAGAGAAGCCAUCAACGGUGAUAGCAGGAGGAGGAGGAAGUUUCUCAGACAGCCAAAGUCUUUAAAGGAUCUGCCUCAACAAGAGGCACACCUUCAGGACAUCUGCCAGGAUGCUGAUCGGGAAAUACAGCAGUUGCUACAUACUGAUCACAGGUGGAGUCCAGAAAUGGAAGAUGCCCUUGAGGAGCUAGGAGAAUUAUGGGCGGAAUUAAAAAAAAGGCAUCAGGAAAAUGGCAAGGCGUUGCAGGAAAUUGACACAGCUUUGCAGCUGGUUGGGGAGCUAGAAGCAGCUGAGUGUUGGCUAGAAACUGUGGCAGGCUUGCUCUCUGAGCCAAGAGCAACAAAGAACCUUGAUGACCUCCAGAGAGAUCUGCAAAAAGUUGGCACCUUGAAGAACAAAGCUGGAGCAUGGGCUGCUAAGAUUCACACUCUGCAGGAAGAAAUGCAGAUGGUGUCCUCCUCGGAACACACAGCAGCUGCGAUGAUUCAGAGAAAAAUGAAACGAGUAAAGGAAAAGCUGGUCGGUGUACAGGAAGCCCUCCAGCGCCAAGCAUCCGAUUUACACGACUCCCUGAUUUUAAUGGAGUUCUUACAGAACGUCCAGAUGGAUCAGACGCUAAACCAAAAAAGCCAAAUAAAGGGUGCACCAAACCAGUUCGGUUCCCCAGAAACGUUGCACCUUGUCUUAGCCCAAAGUGCUCAACAGGGGAACAGCAAGGACAUGAGUAGACCACUAAAGGAAUUACAAGAAGCAGUGGAAAUGCUGAACAAUGUGGUGAAGGAACGAGAGCAGGCCUUGAAGGCGGCAACUGAAACCGAGAGCCUGGAGUACUUUCCUCAGGUCAUGAAAGAUGAGGAAAUUGGGCUGAGCUGGGUUACCUCACAGAUUGAAACAAUCGGGGAGAGAGCAGAAACACUGGCUCAGGACCUAAUUCAAGCAGAGAGGAGUUUUACCUCAGUAAAAACUGAGAUGGAUCUGUUUGAUGUGCAGGGCAUUCAGAAAAGGCAAGAAGAGAUAGAGAGUGAUAUGUCUCAGCUGGAGGGAAAUAUAGAGGAAGUGGAAAGAGCAGUUACUCACCUGGUUCAGGUAUCUGAUGACUCCAAACCAAUUCUUGAAAUAUUAGAGGCUUGGAAAGAUCUUCAAAAACUGGUGCUAGAAAAUUCAAUUCAUGGACAUCAGACUGUUCGUUUAUGGCAAUUCUUUAAAGGCUAUCUGGCCAUUAUCUCUUGGACAGAGGACACCCGGGCACAAAUUUUCUCAGACAAUCUGAAUGCCCAGGGUUUUUCAGAAGCCCCCUGGGAGAAUCUGAAGGAUAGUAUGGAGGCUAAAUUCAAGGAGUUUGAAGAGUUGGCAGCAUCGGGGUGGGAGCUGAUAGCUGAAGAGCAUUAUUUGAGUAAAACGAUAAAGGAGCGAAUGGAGGAGCUACAGAACAUGCUGGGAUGGGUGAUGGUACGAUAUCAAGCACAGUGUUCCCCGAAGGACCCUGGAAACAAGAAUGAUGAGCGAGAGACUCAGGACAGCACUCUAAACAUGCCUCAGUACCUCCAAAUUGAACUUGAUUCUAGAGCUGAUGUGGCUGAAACAGAUGGUAUCCUGAACUCCAAGGUGUCAAUGAAAUGUUCAGCAGGAGAUUACCAUAAACAACAGAAUGAACCAAUCUCCACUGCAAUUGCACUCCAUGUUCUUCCAGGGCACAAACAGAGCUUGGAAGAAUCAGGAAGUGGUUUACCCUUUGAGGUGGAUGUCCCUAAGGGAACCCUCGUUCUAGAACCCUCAGAAACCCCAGUGUUACUUGUGCCACAAGCAUCUCCUGGCAGUUUGGGUAGCACCGUGAGCUUGAUCCUGAACAUUGAAAAGGAAGGGGAGAAAAAAGCUGCAGGAAGCCAGACUGUACCUUCACCAACUGUAGGACAAGAGACUUCACACAAGCUCUCUGAAAUUAAACCCUCAGCCUGUAAAACGUUUUGGAAACGUUGCCAGGGACUUUUAGAAAAUACUUUGGGUAGUUUAAAGAGAAAGAAAAGGCUGUACCAUCAGCAUGCAAAAGAGGUGAGCACCUAUCUACGUGUAAAGGAGAAAGAUGGAUGUAGAAAUCAGGACCCUGACUUUGGAAAUUCAGCCUUCGUAUCAGGAUCUGUUAAGCAAGUGCCUCCCAAAGUUCCUUCUUUCCCAUUUUCCAGGGUAGAAUGGAGCAAAGCAGCCUCUCAUACCUUCCCCAAAAUUAGUUCCAGCUGCUCCCCAAAAAGCCCAAAGGGAAAAACCAAAGCAAUGGCAGGAGAUAUUCAGCAGUUCACUUUGCAAGAAGGGAAGCAUAGUACGAGUAACACUUGGCCACCUAGAUGCACCCAGAGGGUGCAAAUCCUGCAGGUGUUGUCCUUACCACAAAGAGAGCUGAUGGAUUAUGUGAAGAAUCCACUAGAAUGGGCUAUUGAUGCGGAAUGUGACUUACCUAGAGAAACAUCUGGAAACAGCAUAUUCCUGAAACAAAACACAAGUCUCCAUAGCCACCACUCCUCCACAGAAAAGAUGAACGCAUGUCAGCAUCUUUCCCUGGGAUCUGUUUUGAGCCUGGAACUUCCCAAGGACCUCAGUGCUCUUAGAAAUGUCCAUGAUAUUGUCAAGGUAACAAAGGAAGAGACAGCAGAAAAGAAGGGAGCAAAGCAGGUGAACCAAGUGGCCCAAAGGAGUACAGAAGAGACAAAAAUGCACGAAACCAGUAUUGGCCUAGUAAAGGAAACCAUAAGAGGACAGCGAGCAAUGCAUUCAAAGCCCAUGAGAGCAGAAGAUGUCUCUCAUGAGCUCCCCAAGUCCAAGAAAGGCACUUGGUUUGAAGAAGUGAACCUCAACCCAAGCUACGGCAGGCAGAAAACUUAUUCUGUUGCUUCUAGUGAAGAGGUGAGGCUGCGUCCUACAAAUCAAAACAAUUCCAGUGAUGAAUUUUUUGAUCUCAGGCAAAAUAAGCCCUCUCAUACCAGUGUAUUGCAUGAGCAGAUAGGUUUGGAAUGGGAUAAACUAACUGCCUCACUGGGUAGCUGCAAAGAGAAGCAGGUCAAAGAUGUAGAUGAUAAGAGAGCCAAAGUUCAAGAAGCUUUGAGGUUGAAACUGAAGCCUUCCUCUGCUGAAUCUACAAGCAACCCUGACUUAGUUUCUCAUCUAACCAGAAUUAAAGAUCCUUUAGUGAAUGAGACAUCAGAAAAAGAAAACACCCAGUGCUCUGAAGAAAGCAUUUCAAGACACCCACCUUCAUUUCUGCACUUAGGACAUAAAUCCCCCACCAAACCUUCUAAGCUUGAUUGUGAGUUGGGCUGUGAGGAAGACACUCUGAGUAACCCAGAACUCUGCCCUUUUAAUUUGACUCCAUGGGCAGAGGUAACUAAAGGAACCAAGUUGCAAGGCAUGGCAGUGGAAGUUCGUCAUCCUGCUCAUGAGAUGUUUGAAGAAGAGGAAGAAGAACUGCAGGCCAUAUGGAAUAAUAUGGAGAAGCAUAAAAAAGGGUCAGAUGUCCCCGAUGACCCAGGAAGGAAGAUGGACCAAGAACAAAGUCUGGGCAGUUCAGGUGGAAAACUUCUCCUGACAUCUGCAGAUAAUUGGUUGAUAGCCAAAUUCAAGCUUCCCACUUCUGCUGAAAUGUUACAGAGUUCGGAAGGAGGAAGAAGGGCCAGUCUUGGGACUGACAAAAGGAAAAAUCGACCAAAUCAGUGCAGCAAAGUAGACAUAUCUUCUUGCCAGGAGCUAAAUAAAGAGACAGCAGCUUCACCCGGAGAAUUGUCACUGCAAAAAAUAUAUCCAGCGGAUCAACAGAAAUUCCAAGAAGAAAGCAAAAGUGUUAGCAAGACUCUUCCAAGUAAAUUGGAACUUCAGAUGAUGGAAGGACCUCUGGAAAGAAAGAACCUGUUGCAGGCAGGGGGCAGAAAGGCAAACAGUCGCUCCUGGAACACAUUUCAUACAGUUCUGAUGAGGCAAACUUUGUGUUUUUACCAGGACAAGAAAGAUACCCUCAAGAGUUCUGUGAUGGCCAUACCACUGAAUCUGUCUGGAGCUGUUUGCACCCUGGAAACAGAAUACACCAAAAAGAGCAAUUGUUUCACGUUACAGUUGAAUGAUGGCUCCAAAUAUCUUCUCAGAGCUCCAACUGAACCACUUAUGAAAGAAUGGGUUACCAAAUUACAGCAAAACUCAGGUUUUCCUAAAGUGGAUUUCUUCCCAUCGUCUUCCCAGCCUGCUCAAGGAAUGACCUCUGCGGUGAGUGCAAUUCCUGGCCAAGGAGUUCCCCACUUCCAGAACUUUCAGAAAAAGCUUCCAACCAAGAGUCAAGAAAUCAGAUUUCUGCCCAAGUCAAGUGUAAAGCUGCAGUUGCCAUAUAGUACUCGUAGUGAACCACUGGAUACAAUGGGAAAUGGCCUCAGAACUGCACCUAUUUAUACCACAGAACAGAAUCUAAAGCAGUGUUCCCCUUUGGAGUCAGCAAGGUCACAAGAGCCUCAGUUCUUUCAAGAAGAUGACUGUGGAUUGGUGACAAGCAAAAGGCGAUCAUAUUCAUUCACUUCAGCUACAUAUCAGAAGAUCACCCCUUUAUCGAAGUCUAAAGAACCCAACAACUACUCCGUUACUGUGUACAUUGGCGAGCAGGCUCCAGCCACACCUCCUCGGCCCCGCUGCCACUCCUUCAUAGCCACUCCGGUUGGAGCCCGAGAAAUGGUAGGUGAGCAAAACCAAGGGGCUUCACCUAGCCAGAAGAACAAAUCCGUCUUCAGGAAAUUCUUUGGGAAGAAAGAUUGAAUUUUCAAGAAGUGGGGGCUGUGGUACUGAAUGCUGGCAGUAAACUGUCCUUUGCUGGAUGAGGUUGAGGAUCCUGACUGGUCCAAGCGGUUCUGCAUCAGCUCUUGUCAUUAGCUCUCUCCCAAGAGGGCAGAAAUUGAAGAAGAGGGGAUAGGCUUUGCUCAGUGAAAUAUUCAGCUCUCUAUUCACUCCAAAAGAAAUCAGCUGAUGGAGUGAAAGGACAGGCAGAGAAGCAACAAGUACCUUCAUUCGUUUUGCGGCAGAAUGCUAUGUAAUUUCAAUUAUUAUGAAGUCUUUCUCUGACACAGAUACAAUCAGGUAGUACAUUCCGAGACAUACAUGUUAUUAAUACUAUAUUUGUAUUCAGCCUGGGGAUGGAGGAAGAAAGUAUGUUCCUUCAAGUCCUUCCUAACAAAUCUGUGCAUAAUUCAUGAUGGGAUCAAAAAGCAAAGCAGUUCUUAGAUCCAAUUAUCCAAGCCAUGGGAAUUUAUCCAGCUGAAGGCUGCCCAGCUUUUUCACCUGACUGCUACUUUUGUGCCUUUAACCAGUCUGUAGACAUUAGCCAGUAAUCAUUAUGUGCUUCAUGCAGAGAGAAGAUUCAUCUUUUCUUUUCUGUUUUUAUUGUUCUUCUUUAUAAAUUAAGCUGCUGUAAACACAGACACUCCAAAAUAGGUCACAGCAGGAUUUUUUCUGGUCAGUUGGCAACAUUGAAUAAGGCCCAAACAAUACAAUGGAAACCUGAUCUUUUAUAGGAAAAAACAAAACAAAACCAAAGCACUUACAACACCAAUUUAGAAUCAGUAUAUAUGUGAACUACAGUUGUUUUGAGACUGGUGAAAACCCCUGCAAGACCUUUUUUUUCCAGAUAUUGAAGAGAGCCAUUUGCCUUUUAUUGUUCAAUGUGGGGUAUGAUACCGAGAAGUUCCUUGUCACUUAGUUUUCCUUCCUUCAGCAACAUUUAAGGCUGGUUUAAUAGCCAAAUUGCAUCUCCUGGAGAAAUAUUAACACCACAUUAAAACACCAGUUAGUCUGUGUGCUUUCAUUCAAAAUGCAUUGGAGUUAAUUGAGUUAUGCUUUAACAGCCAGGCUGCUACUGCACUUAAGAUACCCAAACACCUGCUGCACGCCAUUUAAAAGAAUGAAAACGUUGGUAUUGGCCUUCCAAAUAAAACAGGAAAGUUAUGGACAGAUUCCCAGGUGUCCUUUGUAAUCCAUCUGGAGAGCAAAAUGGCACUCUGUCCAAAAACUUGAAAUACAGCUCUGGCUAAAAUUCAAGAGCAGGUAAAAAGCUCCGCAUCUACUGGUUCCAAAAUGUAAAUUUGCUCAGAUAACUGCAGAGAUUUUCAUUUGAAAAUGGGAGCUCAGUGAGCACUUAACCUUUUUUUCCCACACCUACUGAUUCUUCUAAGGAAAUGCCUUCCAGUGAGGUUUUUUUUUUUUUUUCAGGUGGAGAAGCCUGGCUGGAAAAAAAACUUUAAAAUAACAGCAAAUGUAACAUAUAUCAUAUCAUCCUCUUGCUGUAGGGAGGAGGAAAAUAAUGAGCAAGAAGGUGUCAUAUUUGUGGGGCUACUCUAAAAUAACUGGGUCUUAAAUGCAGAAAGGUCUAGUUAGCCCUCUGAUAACUUCAUAUCCAUAUUUGGAUGACAGGAUUGUGUUAACUGAGCCCCAAAGUGCCUCAGCUAUUUCAGGCUAAAACUAAUACCUCUGAGUUAAUUUCUGGAAUUAGCUGGCUUGGUUAAGUGUGCAUAACAGACUGUUAAAGCACAUCCUGCAAAUUGGACCAAUGGGUCUGCAAAUCCAGACAACUGGGUUUUUACAGGAAACCAUGGGUAUGAUUUUCCCCAUACACACGUUUGAAAGGUUUAUCAGGUAAAAGGUGACUGCAAACCUGAAACAGCUGAUUUCACAUUCUGGUUCCAGAUAAUCGGAAAUUCAAGCCACUCUGAUGUUGCAUGGUGUGGUUUAAACCUUAAGUAAACAUGGGACAUACACAGGGCAGGAAUAAGAUGACAGGAAGCCCAACUUCAUUGGGAAUACAGGCUGGGUCAACUUGAAUUAUGUUUAACACGUAACUCUGUCGCUUCUAGCUCUCAAGAAAAGGAAAACAGUAUUGUUGCUACAUUUUGUAAUCUAUUUCUGUGGGUGGGAAAAAAACGCUGUUUCAUGGAGAAAAAUCUGCUUAUUACAUCCCAAAUGUGUGUAUCUGCCUCCCCAAGACUGCACUUCAAAAAAUGGGGACCUGAAUUGGGAAUUAUAAAUUGCAUUUCUUUAACUCUCACUUUUCUGUUGCACAAUUCAUUAACACUAUCUUUUAUUUGUAUCCUCUGUUUUGGCACAACCAAACACAUUAUAUUUUCAAAUGAAAAUGGUAAAUACCAGACACCAAGAAAAAUGGCUCCACAUAACCAUACAGUUAAGGUAGUCCUUGACUUACAACAGUUCAUUUAGUAAUUGUUCAAAGUUGCCACAGCACUGAAAAAAAUGAUUUAUGACCGUUUUUCAACUUAAGACCAGGGGUCUCCAACCUUGGCAACUUUAAGACUUGUGGACUUCAAUUCCCAGUUCUGGGAAUUGAAGUCCACAACUUCUGGGAGUUGAAGUCCACAAGUUUUAAAGUUGCCAAGGUUGGAGACCCUGCUUAAGACCAUUGCAGAAUCUCCAUGGUCACGUGAACAAAAUUUGGAUGCUUGGCAACUGGUUCAUAUUUACGACGGUUGCAUUGCCCCUGGGGUCAUGUGAUCGCCUUUUGCAACCUUCUGUCAAACAAGUCAAUGAGGAAGCUGAAUUCACUUAAUGGCCAUGUUUCCUAGCUUAACAACUACCAUGAUUCAUCUAACAAAUGUGGUGAUAAAGGUGGUAAAAUGGGGCAAAGGUUGCUUAACAAAGUCUCACUUAGCAACAGAAAAUUUGGGCAUCAUUGUGGUCAUAAAUCGAGGACUACCUGUAUUUCAAUUGUGAAACUCUGGUUCAAUCAAAAAGCUAAAACAGCCCAGCUUGUUUGUUAACAGGAAUUAAUAAACAAGAAAUUGCAACCCCAAAUAGAUCUCUGUUUCACAAGGACAGUUAAUUGUGCUUGGUUAUCCACAACCUGCUCAGUUGUUAAGCCACACUUUUCACCUGUGGAUUAUUUCGCCACUAACCAAAAUAAACACUAUCAUAAUCACUUCUGGACAAGGUAUUUGUGUUCAUGCACUCAUUGCACUUUUGUCUUUUUAGUGAAAAGCUUAAAAAAGAGUAAACAUCCCUAUUGUUGGAAUAAAGAACAGUCAUAAAGAAGAUUUUGUAUCCUAAGAAUUCUGAGGCCUCCUUCUUUCACACUUCACACAAAACAACUAUCCCAGAAUUACAAUAGAACUGAUGUAACUGAGCUCAGAAUUUGCCACAGCUACACACACACACAUACACGCACGCAUACAUGCAUGAUACAUACAUACUGGGGGUGGAAUUCAGCCGAUUCUAUCCGGCUUGGGCAAACCGGUAGCGGCGGCUGCGGGAGGCUCCGCCCACGCACGCGGAUGUCAUGACGUCUUAAGCCUCUGUGCAUGCGCAGAAGACUUUGCGCAUGCGUAGACGACAGCAUGUGCGAGUAAGGCGCAUGCACGUAGGGUGCACACACAUUUGCGAAUCAGUAGGGAAGGUAAGUGAAUUUCACCCGAUACAUACAUACAUAGUACACUACAUACCCAACUGGGUCACACCAUGUACUAAAUGGUUAGGUUAUGACUCUGUUGGGUGAACUCAACCGUUGUGAUUUCUUUACUAAACUUAUGGCUAAACCAACUGAUGAAUUAAUGCUGCCAAUCAGUCCAUUUGUUUUAGAACUGUAAAACAAGCAUGUCAAGCAAAAUAAAUUGCUAAGAUUGAUGAAUUAAGGCCGACAGAACAAUGUGUGAAGAUUAAAUAUGAAAGGCUCAGAUCAACGAGCCUUGAGCAAGCAUGCUGCCUUCGUUUACAUAUGCUGGCAGUGACAUCUUGUUCAGCUGCUCUCCCAAGAUGAAAAGGCUGUGAAAUGGUGUCAGAAGGAAACUGCAUAGAUGCUAAAAUUGGCCCUGGAAAUAAGAUUCCUGGAGAACUGAAUGCAGCUCAGUCUGGAAGGCUGGCAUCUGAGCAGGUAAGGGAUUUUAAUUUGGCCUUUUUGCCAAAAGGUUAUUUGAAUUCUUCCUAGUAUUAAAUAAAGUAAAAAAAACCUGCUCAGUCAGUAAAUUCCUGUCUACAAGCUGCUCUUUUGCCUGUAAAGAGGCAAUACAGAAGUGUUACAGGUUCUUCUAUGUACAAAAACCAUGAUAAUAGUGUUAUGGCUGGGGAAAAAAUCAUUCUGGUGCAGUCUGGAUUUUUGCUAUAUAUAUAUAUAUCAUUGCCAUCUGCUUCCAUAUGCAAAUGAUGCUAUAGAUUCUAGCAUUUCCACAUAUGCAACCAUAUGCAGUCUGUACCUUAUUCAAAUUAGUACAAAUGUUCUGCAGCAACCCAAAACACCAAAAAAUGAAACAUUGCCUAGCAAUAUUUGCCUUCAUGUUCCAUGAAGACCCAUGUAAUUUUAUCAGAAAGUACCUGACCUCUCAAUCCAUUAGAACACAACUAACACAAGAUAUGAAAAGGAUAGCACUGCCAUACAUCAAAAACGUAUCAGAAACAGCAGACUAUUACAACUCCAUCUCAUUACCACGGCACACAAGGUUAAAGCCCUUCAAAACCUUAAAUCUUAAGGUUAAAAUAAACCAAACACCCAAUAGUCCAAGAAGAAAAAAGAGUCACCUGCAGCGUAAGGAUUGUAACAGUCACUGUGUGGGAAAGACAGGCAGAAAACUAAUUAGCACAUCCCUGAAUAUCAGAAGUCAGAAGACACCAUGGAUAUGCCUUAAUCUCACAACACAACAGACACAACCACAGUUUCAACUGAGACAUUGUGAGCAUCCUAGAUCAAACUAAAUGCGAAAAUGCUAGGGAAUUCCUGGAAGCUUGGCAAAUCAACAAUAUAAAGAUAAACCACAUUUAUACACCAUUCAAAAGAGACAAUAAAAAAAACUAAGAAGGAAACAAAAAGACUAGAAUACAUCCUUUCCAGCAACCAAUACCUAGAGAAGCAGGGAUUAACACCAGACAAACAAGCAGAAAACAAUACCAUAAUCAAGGUACUACCAAGGGGGGAAAAAAUCACACCACCACCAAUACUGGCAGAGCAAGCUACUGAAUAUAAAGAGAGCAAACCCCACACUCAUUAGCACUGAUGAUGUUACCUAUUUGGGUAACAAAAUGUCUGUAAAUAAAUGACCAAGCUCAGAGAGCACCAAGGACUCCACAGUUCAACCCUGAGCUACAUAUUGUAUAUUGUCUUCUAUUGAGACUGCUUCUAAAACUUCCUUCCUUCCUUCCUUCCUUCCUUUCUUUCUGAAAUACCAAGAAUCAAACUAGAUUCUACCUGCAGAUAUAAACCCCUCUUUGGAUAGCUUUUCAUACAAGUAUCCCAAACUGGAAUAAAAAAAAAACACAUGUGCUUGAAUGUGUGAACACAGCCGUUGAAUUUAUUAUGGCUUAGGCUUUAGCUUUCAAAAGCUGCUUUGGAGAAGGUAAGUGAAAGCAGACAAAGAGCCGCAAUUCUUUUAACUUUUCUUUUGUUCAUUAUUUCCCUCCUCCAAUUCAAGCUUCUGGGGCACAAUGAAAAAAUUUUCAAAUGUAGAUUUAUGACUUGAGCAUUUCAAACAAUACAAUUCCAUUAUGCUGUAGCUAUAAAUGCCAGCAUGACAAAUUCCACAGGCAUUAAUUGUUGUCUUUGGAAAAGUGUUGCAGCUACAUAUUUACAUGGAGCAUGACUUUGAUUCUCAAAAUUAUUCUGCUGGCUUAACUGGUUCUUCCAGGAUUCUAAAUUUCAAAAGAAAACACAUCUACAGGUAAUUCUCGACUUAUAACCAUUUGUUUAGUGACUGUCUGAAGUUACAAGGCUGAGAAAUUGACUUAUAAUUGAUCCUUGUACUUAUGACCAUUGCAGCUACCCUCUGGUCAUGUGAUUAAAAUUCAGGAACUUGGCAACUGGCAUUUAUUUAUGAUGGUGGCAGCAUUUUGGGGUAAUGUCAUCAUGCUUUUCGGGGCAUUUCCAACAUGCUAAGUCAAUGGGCAAACUUGGAUUUACUUAACAACUGUGAUGAUACACUUAAUGACCGUGACAAAAUAAUUUGUAUAAUCAGGCACACUUGUUUAACCACCUCACUUAGCAACAGACAUUCUAGUGCCGGUUAUGGUUGUAAAUUGAGGACUACCUGCAAGCUUCAUGUAUAAAACCUUUGAUUCAGUCCUAGCACCUAUAAUAAAACUAUGACUGCUAGCAAGGAAGAAACAAAACUUCUGAUUCCAAGAAACUACAGCCAGGCACAAAAACUGCAGGAUUCAUCAUUUUUGUGGAAGAUUAUUGAUUGCUCCUUUUUUGCCUUUCUUUUGGUCUUCAGUACAAAGUUCAUGUGAGUUAUUAUAGCUUUAGUAAUCAAAAGUGCCUGCUUAGUCUGGAAAAAUAUUCUUCAUUCAGUUCCUGGUAUUCAGUUCCAGACUAACACUGAAAAACUCCCAAAUGAAAUGUUCAAGCAACUUCAACAUUGACAAUUCUGAUUCAAUGAACCAAAAAUUUGAUUUGGAUCCUAAAUCAUGGUUUGUUAUUUUUCUUCAGUUGUAUUUUUACCUUGUGCUGCCUAAAAAUACUAUAUGCUAUGUAGUACUUUAAAUAAGACCCACUUAGAAAAAAAAAUUAGGCUCCAACAUAAACACCAAGUUUGCUACCAUAGUGGUUGAUUUUGGAAAUAGAGGCACUGCAAGGAGGUUUUCUUCCCCCACAGAGCAUGUAUAUAUAGUCAUGAAAGAAAAUCUGUGAACUCUUAAACUGUCCACAGUUCUAUAUUAGACUCACUUUGGUAUACGGUAGUAGUUAAGGCACCAGGCUAGAACAGAAGAGACUAUGAA